CCCCGCUCCCUCCUCCCCCCGCCGCCAGCCCUGCUAACAUGGCUGCAGCGCGACCGCGCUUCUCCCUCCUGCUCCUCGCCCUAGUCGCCCUGCUCCUGCCCGCGCAGCGGCCCCUCUGCUUGGCCGCCAAGCACCUGGACCGGCGCUUCGCCGAGCGCAAGCGCUGCGCCGACCCGGAGUGCAGCAUGUUGAUGUAUCGAGGGAAAGCAAAGCAGGAUUUUAAAGGUCCAGACUGUCGCUUUAUAAAUUUGAAAGAAGGAGAAGCAGUGUAUGUGUAUUACAAAUUAAUAGGAAAAUCAACUGAGCUUUGGGCUGGAAGUGUUGGCAGUGAAUUUGGAUAUUUUCCAAAGGAUUUACUUGAAAUAAAUUAUAUUUAUAAUACCAGUGAUGAGCUAGAACUACCAACAGAUGAAACUGAUUUUGUUUGUUUUGAUGGAGGAAAAGAUAAUUUUGAUAACUAUAAUGUGGAUGAGCUUUUAAAAUCUUCGGAAGAAACUGCGGUGAACAGGGGCAAAGCUGAACUGAAUGCUCCAGGGACAGAAGUUGUUGAAGAAACCAAAGAGGAGGAGCAGACAGAAGGGUCCAAUACUGUAAAGCUCCUUGAUGUUUCUGAGACUGAUGUUCUUGAGCCAGGUCCAGAAGAAAACAAGAAAGUCUUCACCAAAACAGAAGAAAAAGUCAGUUUUCUUUCUGAAAAUACUAAGAAUGUACAGGGACUCUUCAAAUCGGAGAGGGAUGACCUCAACAUGUAUAGCCAUGAAAAAAAGUCUCAGGGAGACCAAAUUGCACAUCCUCACUCAGAAGGAAUGCUACAAGAAAAAUUAAAAGUGCUAGAAAGUGAAAAUGCCAAAAAGUCUAAUAAUCCUCAGGGUACAGCCAAAGAAUCAGAUAAGGAGAGUGAAGAGAUUGAUGCCUAUACACUUUUAAACAGAGAACUAUCUAUGGAGUUGAAAACAAAAUUUGGCUCAACUGCAGAUGCCCUUGUGUCUGAUGAUGAGAUGACUAGCCUUGUGACAUCACUGGAGGAUGAUUUUAAUGAAGAUUUGAAUACUGAUUCUCAUGACACAGCGUGGCUAGAAGAUCUUAAGGAACAAUCUGAAGAAAUUCCUUUGCUGUCAUUUACAAAAGAAGAAACUCCAGUGGACUCAGAAGCUGGUAAAUAUGCUGACCAUGAGUCAGAAAAGAAUAAACCCUAUGAAACCAUUGAGGAUGCUGCAGAGUUAAUUACCCAAAGAAAUAAUGAGAAAAAAGACUAUCCGGGUUUAUUAACAACUGUAGAGGACACUAUCUUUCCAACUCGCAGAGGGGGUGCAAGAACAAAUGAUGAUACAGAUGUGGGCAAGUCUGAUUCAAUGGAAGAAAAAGAGGAAGAAGAUGAGGUGAUCCCAGUUAGUAAGGAGGAUAAAACAGCAGCAACAGUUCAGCUUGAAGAUCUAACGGAAGAAGACCUUCUCAAAAAGGAAAAACAUGUUGUAGAUGGCCAAGAUCCAAAGGAAAAAACAAAUAAAACUAAACAGUAUGAGGAAGAGUUCAUGGAUGAUAAGACAGAAUCAUUUACUGAAGAACUGCAAAGCACAUCUGUGCAUGAUCCUAGCGCUAUUCCUAGCCUGGAGUCUAAAUUAUCCAUUGAAGAAAAGCAAGAAGCUUUAAAACCACCUGUAGGCAACAUCAAAGAUGAUCCAGAAGGAAUUACUCUUCAUAAAAUAUUGAAAGAUAAAGAAAAGGCAGAGGAGGAGAUUUUGGAGGACAGCUUGGAAAAUGAUACAAAACCCAAAACAUUAUGGAAGAAAAUAAAGGGAAAAAAAGCAUCUGGGGACCAGCAAUCCAUCAAUUUUCUACCAGAACCACUGGAGGAGCGAAAAAGUGCAUCCCAAAGUGACCUGGGGGAUAUUGACCUCUUAGAAGGCAAAAGAGAGCAUGAAACAUCUGCUACAGAGAAACAAGAUAUUCAACAAAAUGGAGAGGAUUUUGAACAAACAAGGGUGCCUGAGAAUGAGAAUCAAACAAAUGUUGCUGUUAAGGAAGAAACUGAAAUACUAAGGGGAAAAAAGGAAGAAAACCUGAACAAUCAGCAUACAAGUAAAGCAGCUGUUGAGCAAUCUAAGCAACAAGAAAACAAGACCAGGUAUUCAGAGGAAGAUGCAGAACAAGAGCUUUCCAGAAACACAGGCAAGAAGACACUAGAAAAAAGUAUUGGUGAAAUAGCAACUGAAGAAAUAUCCACAGACACUACACAGGAUGUUGAGAUAGAGAGGCUGACCCAACAAGACACUGCUCAUAGUGAGGAUGAAAAUAAAGACAAAGCUCUUGGAACCGAUAUAGUUGGAGAAAAAACAGUAAAACCAGAAUUUCUGUCUGAAGAGUUGGAAGCUGAAGAAGAUGAUGACCUCCUAAGUCAAGCGGAGGAAGAACUAUUAGACGAUGACAAUGCUGCGAGUGCAAAAUUGUCAAAAGAGAGGCUUGCAAAUAGACAGGGUAAUAAAUUAGAUGGAGAAAGUACAAACCCAGAAUUGGAAAUACCAGAUGGAGCUAUUUCAGGAACUGCUAAUCCUGUUUAUGAAAUCGAUGAAUCAGGAGAGGAAGCAAACACAACAUUUAAGCAUGCCAGAAAGAACAGCAUGCAAGAUUUGAGUGAGACCAAGAAUGAAGAGGAGGAUAUACAAUUCAGUGGAGCUAAACUGAGUGAGAUGGAAGAAGACGAGGAGUCUCCAGAAACAGAAGAAAGAUUAGUAGCACCUGAAGUGGAAGAAGAGGAUGAAAGGACUUUGCCAAAUGACAAGUCCCUUGAAACAGUGGAUAGCAAAAAUGACUUUAAUCAAACAGAAGAUCCUCUCUUAGAGGAUCUUGUGCAGAAAGACCUGAAAGAUAUUCAGAACGUAAUAGAGCAGACAGGGCCUGCUGAUACUUCUGUAACCACAAAUGAAGCUGUGGAGCCAGGAUACAGAGAGGCUGUGAAGCAGCUCACUAUAAUAAAAGAAUUUCUUGAUGAAAAGCGAGUGGCACGUUUAGAAAAAUAUCUUGGGCCCGAGCACAUUGUCAGGGUAGAAGCCAUGUUUCACAACAUGAAGUUGAAGCUGGAUCUUGCGCAAAAGGGUAAUCGUGAUUAUGAGGAUAUUGAACAAGCUUUGGACCAGAUCCUUACAUUUUCAGAAUCUAGGAUAAUGGAAAUUGUGGAACAUGUUUUAGAUGCGAGGCAAGCAGAAAAUAAAGAAGAGGUGGUGAAAGAAAUCGAUUUGUGGGAUGAAGAAGCUGCACUGAUGGAUGAUGUUCAGGAAUUAAUAUAUUCGUUAAGGCACAAAUACUCAUCUGUUAGUGAGAGUGAACCUCUUGUGUCCGUUCCAGAACAUGAGGAGGAUUAUAGCAUGCCUGGUACAGAUACUGUAAAAGAAACUGAAUAUGAUAGCCAUCUUGUGGGAAGCCCAAGUUCAGCUGAAGAAAUUGGUCAGAAGUUCCCACAAGUUGAAGAUGAGAGGCCAGUACAGCAUACUGAAGAGGAGGAGGAGGCUCUUAAACUGAGGGAGCCUGAGCCAGAUAUGAAUAUUGUGGAAGAGGUGGGGCUCUUGGAUAAAAAGGAAACCCAGGAAAUCCUUGAUACUGAGAAGGGAUUGUCACUGGCGGAUACGUCCCUUGGGCCAAUUCAAAGUAACAGAGAAGAUUUGGCUGCAGGUAUAGUUACUACUGCGGAUGAUACUGUGAAGAUUGAAAGUCCUCACUUAGAAGCAGAUCCUGCUGUACCGCAUAUAACUCUCAAUGAUGUGGCUGUUUUAGCUAAAGAAAACAUGCGACCAUUCACAGAUAUUUUGGUUGCCACACUGCCUGAGGACAUUCGGCCUGGGCCUGACUUUCAUGGACUUCCAUGGGAGCCCAUCAUUAUCACUGCCUUGGUGGGAAUUGCUACUCUAGGUAUACUGUUCUGGAGAACCUGCCUUUCAGUAAAGAGUAGAAUGUAUCAAGUGACUGAAAAGCAACUUGCUGAAAAGAUUAAAAAUCUCCUACAAGAAAAAACAGAAAUCUUAGAGAAGAUGUCAGAAUAUGACCAAAAGAUUAAGGAAGCCAAGGAAUCUGUGAAGGUGGCCCAGAAACAGAACACUAGUCUCUCAGAUGAAGCUGCAGGACUUAAGGACGUUAUCAAGGGGCUUGAAGAAACAAACCAUCUCCUAGAUGACAGAUUGAGAAAUUUGCACACAAUGCUAGAAACAGAGAGACAGCAGAAUGUGAAGAAAGAGGACAAAAUAUUUGAAAUGCAGAAGUCUUUGGAGAAACUCCAAGAAGUUAUCAUGCUGCAUUCUGUAGAGCUUUCGGAGGUUCAAAUAGUCCUCAAUGAAGCUAAACUAAGUGAAGAAAAGGUGAAGUCUGAGCUUCGUCAUGUACAGGAAGAGAAUGCUAGACUCAAAAAGAGAAAGGAGCAACUGCUACAAGAAGCAGAAGGCUGGAGUGAGAGACACACUGAGCUCAGUGAACAGAUCAAACUGUAUCAGAAGUCUCAGAAGGACAUAGAAGAAGCACUCGCCUACAAGGAAAAUGAAAUCGAAGUUUUGACUAACUGCAUUAUGCAGCUAAAGCAAUUUGAUGCAGAUUCUGAGGCCAAGAAGGAUGGAGAAGGAAAUGGAUGGGACACAGGAGACGAUCUGGCCAAUGGAGAACUGCCAGAUAACCGGAGUGAGAAGAUGAAGAAUCAGAUUAAGCAGAUGAUGGAUGUCUCAAGGGUAAAAACAACAUUAUCUAUAGUUGAAGAAGAUAGAGAUCUUUUGCAAUCCAAACUGAGUGAUGAAAUAGCAGCAAGGCAUGAGCUAGAAGAGCAAAUAAAAAAGCUGGAACAUGAUUCCUGUUCACUACAGACAGCCAAAGCUCGAUUUGAAAAUGAAUGUAAAACUCUGCAACAGAAGGUGGAAAUUCUCAAUGAGCUUUAUCAGCAGAAGGAGAUGGCGCUUCAAAAGAAGCUGACCCAGGAGGAGUACGAGCGUCAAGAGAAGGAGCAGAAAUUGUCUGCUGCAGAUGAAAAAGCAGUGUUGGCUGUUGAGGAAGUGAAAGUUUACAAGCAAAGAAUUCUGGAAAUGGAGGAAGAGCUGAAAAAAACCGAGAGGUCUUAUAAAAACCAGAUUGCUGGUCAUGAGAAGAAGGCCCAUGACAAUUGGCUCAUUGCCCGCUCUGCAGAGAGAGCUUUGGCUGAAGAAAAGAGAGAAGCUGCCAACCUGAGGCAAAAAUUAAUAGAAGUGAACCAAAAAAUUGCAAUGCUUCAAAGACCAUUAAUUGUAAAACCGACUGCAGGCAGACCUGACCGUCAAGUCCCAGCACGGAGAGGUCCACUGAGCCGUGAUGGCUCUUUUGGGCCAUCACCUGUGAGUGGAGGAGGUCCUUCCCCGCCAUUGAUGAUGGAAGCUCCUGGUCAGCCCCUCUCUGCCACACGAAGGGAAGGUUCAAGAAGUGAAUUUGUGGAUGGCCCUUCAGCUCCAAGGAGGCCACCUGAGCUGUCUGGAAGAUCAUCUGUCCCAGAUCUCGGCCCUGCUGUAGCAGCCCUGGUCAAUAGUGGGCCAAGAACCUCCUCACCUUCCACAUCCAUGGACGGAGUGCAAAACCCUCCCAAAGACUCUGAAGCCCUGUGUGUAUCUACUGUUCCGCCUUCAUCUUCUGAAGCAGCAGCAGUGAACCUAGGUCCUAAAGGUCCCCCAUCUUUUCCUGGGACACCCAUAAUGACCUCUCCAGUGACCGGACCUCCGCCACCUCCAAUUCGAUUUGGAGCACUGCCACCUCCACUGCGUGGGCACUAUGGGUCUCGGCCCCUUCCUCUACCCUUAGUUCGUGGUCCUCCACCACCACCUCCAGCUGCAAGAGACUAUUUACCUGGCCCACCAUUAGGAAUGAGAGACGUGCCUCCUGGCCCAUUACCGCCUCCUGAUCCAAGAGGAUAUGUACGUUUCCCUCCUCCUUUUCGACCUGGAGGCCCUCUUGGCCCACGAGAUUAUCCUCCUGGCCCACGGCUACCCCCACAAGGUUUAAGGGACUAUCCCCCUCCUCCAAGUAGAGACUUGCCUCCACCAGGAUCUAGAGACUACCCACCAGCCCCUCCUUGUCCACCAUCACCAGCAGGCCCCAGGGACUACACACAUCCUCCUGAACAAAAACCAUAACUUCAGCUGUUGGAUGGCAACGCUGUGGAAUGGACUCUAGCACAUUUCAUGCAGUUAGGACUUUAAAUGGCUUCAAAAGACAACCAUCUUUUAAUUUUAUUCUUAAGUUUGGUUUCAGUAUAUUAGUUCUUGCAGAAUUACUUUUCCCUCAAAUUUCCCUAGCCAUGUGCAUUUGAGAUCACCUUAAAGAACACUCACCCACUGGGGAUGCAAAAAUCAUAUGCUAUGAUGGACUUGAAGCCUGCUUCUUACAGCUGUGGGCUACCUGCAGCUCUUUAAAUGUGCAAUACAAAAGUACCUGUGUGGUUGGUUUUAAUUAAUGUAGCCUAUGUAACCAGUUGUUGAAUGACUUAAAAUUUCAUGAAAAAUGUAAUCAAAACAUUUCCUGUGGAAAUAUUUUUGUAAGUAAAAUGUUACCCAACUUGUCUUCUCCCUUACGUUAACCCGCAGUUAUUGUAGACCAAGGGUCUACAAUAAGACUGUAAAAUUAUUUACCUUUUUAAGAUGUCUCAUCAAAAAGAUCGAAUACAAGCUACCCUGUACUCGAAGGAAAAUUCUACUAAUAAAGAGCAAAAUCAAUUUGCUAGA